GGAAUGAAUUUAAUCCCCUAAAGAUUUAGCGUUCUAAGGUUCUAGUAGUAGGGAACCCGGCACCCCGGAAGUCAAAGUGAACCUUAUCAAGCCGCAUUGGUCCGCUGUCUGUGAAUGCACAGCCACGAUUACUAACAGAUUGCCUCCAGUAACUUUCGGUUUAAUUAUUCUCAAAGCCUCAAGCAAUUUAUUGAAUCCCUACCUAGCGACUGUCGCCACUCAAUCUUCGGGGUAUCGACAUCAGACGACUAUCUCUUUGGCAGCUAAAUCUUACCAGCCCCUCAACUGCGAAGAUGUCAAACCCAGCUCCACGGAUAGCGAUAAAAUUUGGUGCCUCGUCGUCGUCGAAGCCGACUAACGGAUUAAAAAGACAGGCCCGUACGCAACCAUCUUCGACAUUAGGUAAACGCCACCGAGCUCAAUCAAACAAUCAAAAAUUCGAUUCCCAUUCAGACUCGGACAGCGGCGAAGAAGCUGGCGGUAGACAUGAGGCUAUAACAACUUUUGGUGGAGAGUCAUCCGAUUCAGACAAUUCUGAAGUUAAGAGACAGAAACUAGGGACGGACAAACCUAGGCGCGGUGUCAUACCCUACGUGAUCUCUGGUCAUGAAGAUCGCGACUGGAAGAAGGAACUAAAGGCCCAGGCCCAAGCUCGGGGGACCAAGGAAGUGCGACCUAGCGACCUCAGAGAAACAGCGCCGGCCGAUCAAGACAGUCAGAUUAAAUGGGGUUUGAAUACGACGAAGAAAUCGAUGUCUGGCGAUGCCGAACAACCUGACGAUGGCCAUUCGAGCCGAGAGAAAUCUGCACCAUCCGAUUCCAAGGAAACUUCUCGAGAUGCGGGUUCAAAAGUAUCCCAGAGCGACGAAGACGACGCCAUGGACGCCCUCCUUGGCAAGAAGAGAAAGUCUGCUAAAGACCUCAUCAUCGAAGGCACGCCAGCGCGUAAUACUCCCGAGACUCCUUCCGAGAUAGAUGUUUACCGCCGUCGAAUGGAGGAAGCCGCCGAGGUAUCCACCGUCGAAGAAUAUGAUCAGAUACCUGAAGGAGAAUUUGGGGUUGCUAUGCUUCGCGGUAUGGGUUGGAACGGUGAACAGCGCGGCAGCAAGCUCAAGGAAGUCAAGAAGCGACCCAACUUGUUAGGUCUUGGCGCGAAGGUCGAUGAAGAGAUUAGGAAGGGGGAGCUAGCCCAAAAACAUGGGCAUCGUGAACGAAAGCCCCGUCUAGAUGAGUAUCGGAGGGACAAAGAAAAGGAAAGGCGAGACCGCGAAUCGCGUCAUAGUACCAGUUACAAGUCUGAACGCGAGCGCGAACGACGAGACCGCGAUUACAGUAAUAGUUAUAGUCGUCACGAUCGAGACCGGACUAGUCAGAGAUAUUCCGACCGAAGUUCGAGGCGCUGAAUAUCUUAGUUCGUGCUCAACCAACUCUGACCACUCUAGAAAUUCGGGCCCAUCGUCUCGCCACCAUUUUACUACACCGAAUUACGAGCCUUCGCACAAUCCAUACUUCAAAAAUCCUCAGAGUUUCGUGUAUACCCGAUCUAUGCCAUCCUAGGCGGGAUCGACUCCAGCAGCAUGAUUUACGACCCUAGGGAUUAAGGUGUAAAGUGCUGGGGAAAGUAAGUCCCCUAAGGAGCUCCUAAGCGCAUGGCUUCGGUCAUCAGACAUUUCUAAACGAAGGGGUAUCAAGUGUUUGUGAUACGUUAAAUUUGACCAUAACCGUACUCCUUAUCUACAACGUCAAGGAUAACUAACCGCCGCUAUAGCUUAGGCUGGACUACGCUUGAAA